AUCUAUGAGAUACCGGUAGUCUCCCAAGCCCACCCCGAUCUACGAUGGCCUACGGCAUAAAAACGCUCCCCCAAUGGCACGAUUACUACGAAGCCGAAGCCCAAAGCUUCCUUCGUCGGUGCCGCCUUCUCCCGAACCCCGUUGAAAUCAGAAGAUCUCUUCUGAACGACCACCUAAAAGCUUACGCCCAAACAACCCUCUCCUCGAGAGCCCGGGCGCUGCGAAACUCUGGCACCUGGGCUUCUGUAGUCCAGGGGACCGCCGCCGCCGGGGCGGUCCCUAUGGGUAAGGUACUGGUAAAAUCUGGCGGUGCCCUAUUCUUUGCUUCGAGAGCUUUAAAGUCCUUCGGACUCGACGGGGACAUGGAAGCGGAACUCUUCGACAUAGCCCUCAAGGCAAAACUAAUUGAGACAAAUCCGGAAAAGAUCUUCAAGGGCCAGGUGAAGAAGAAGCUGAAGAAGACCAUAAAGAGUGAGGCGAAAGACUUUUGGGAGAAGGAGGAUAUGGCGGACCACAUCAAGGAUGAGUUGAAGGAGGAAUUUGGGGAGGAGGCGGCCGUAGAGGCAAUCGAGGAGCUCGUGCACUUCAUCCCGGUAUUCGGGCAGAUGUGGAGCUACGGUGCUGGCUAUUAUAGGGCUGAGAAGAAGUUGAAUAAGGUGCUUGAUAAGGUGACGAAAAGGGCUCACGAGGUUCAUAUUGAAGUGGUUAUUCCGUUGAUAUGCCACUCGCUUGUGUAUGCGCUCCUGACCUCAGACUUUAGAUCGGGGUUUAACGCUUGAUAUAGUAGGGACCAACCACCGCCGCCGCCUAUUACUCACACUAUGAGUUUACCUUCCUUCCGAGAGGCCAGGACACAUGUCCCGUCACUGCCGGAAACCAAAUCCGGUCGACCAAGCGCAGUACCGGUAUUGACACGCAACACAAUGACAAAGCCUCAAGUGUCACAGAAAAAGACCUUCCUGGUCGGGCUCAGUCGAUUGCCGUCACUCAGUGGCAUCCGUGCCCUGUUCAUGCUUUGUUUCUUCUUUGCCGCUAUUUGCAUCUUCGAGCCGGCGCCAGUGCUAGUAUCGCUUUUCUGGAUCAUGAUCUUCUGGUAUAUCUUUUCAGUUCUCUAUUACUUCCGAAGAGCCAUUCUUUUGACUGCGGGAUUGAUGACUGUGGUGGUGUUGGCUAUGGCCGGAUGGGAGAGGGUUGCGGUGAGCUAUGUGUUCGAUUAAGAUGGCAGAGAUGUCUGGGGAGGUGCUAAAGUAUUUAUAUUACUAUUCUAUGAGUUUAUCAAUCUGAAUUUGUGUUCAGGAUUUUUUUUCUCUGAAAUUACUGAAUUCCCUGCCC